CUCCCUCUCUCCCACAUCGACAACGACGCCAACCUCCGCGUCACCUUCCGCUACCUCCGCACCUACUCCGCCGCCGCUGCCAAUCCCUCCUCCGAUCCCUUCCUCGUCAUCUCCUCCGCCCUCUCCGCCGCCCUCGUCCACUACUACCCACUCACCGGCUCCCUCUGCCGCCGCCCCGACAACCGCCUCGAGGUCCUCUGCUCCAAAUCCCAAACCGUGUCCCUCAUCCGCGCCUCGGUCGACUCUACCCUCGAGUCCCUCGGCUACCUCCACGACCCGGACGCGCACUUCGUCGAGCGGCUCGUGCCCAACCCCGGACCCGACGAGGGCCUGGCCCGCCCCUGCAUUCUCCAGCUCACCAUGUUCGAGUGCGGCGGCUACGCACUCGGAGCGGCGAUGCACCACGCGAUCUGCGACGGGCUCGGCGCAAGCCAGUUCUUCAACCUGGCGGCCGGGCUGGCUCGGGGAGAGGUGAGCGGUCCGCCGGUUCAGCCGGUUUGGGACAGGGAGAAGCUGGGGCCCAGAGAUCCGCCGCGCGUGGAGCCGCCGAUCGGGGAGUUCUUGAGAUUGGACAAAGGACUCUCGCCGUACGAGCAGGACAUCGGACCGGUCGUUAGGGCGUCCUUUGACGUGUCGGACGCGUGCUUGGACCGGUUCAAGAAAGAGUUGUUGGACCGCUCUGGGUCGAGCUUUACAACUUUUGAGGCUCUAGGAGCUUUCAUGUGGCGGGCCAAGUAA